AUGGGGAAGUUUAAGAAAACCAAAAAGAUACUAAAAUUGAAAAGAGUAAUAAACCCCAAUGAUAGUAGAAUAAAACAAAACAAGGAAAAACAAGUAAAAAAUAAUAAUAAUAAUAAUAGUAACAGUUAUAAAGAUGGGAAAAAAAUAAAGCAAGUUGCCCCAAUUGACAGCAAUUUAUUUUUUAAUUAUAAUGAGAAUCUAAGUCCACCAUAUAACAUAAUACUUGAUACGAAUUUUAUUAAUUCAAGUAUACAAUAUAAAAUUGAUAUUAUUAAAGGAUGUUCAGAAUUGUUAUUAGCCAAAUGUAAUAUUUACGUAACUGACUGUGUUGUAGCAGAAAUGGAAAAGCUAGGUCAACGUUUUUCACUUGCAUUAAAAUUGCUCAAGGACCCCAGAUAUAAUAGAUUAACAUGUACACAUAAAGGCACAUAUGCAGAUGAUUGUAUUGUUAACCGAGUUACUGAAAGUCGUUGUUAUAUUAUUGCAACGAAUGACAAAGAUUUAAAAAUAAGAUUACGAAAAAUACCUGGAGUGCCAAUUUUAUAUGCCAAAAAUUUCAAGUACAGAAUUGAAAGACUUCCUGACAAUAUUAUGAUAUAA